AUGGCUGAUCGAAUGCUUCGCCCCAAUACCGCCAUCAUCUCGGCGAUUUUCACCGAGUCGCAACCCAACUCCAUCGAAAUACUUGCUCACUCCUUCACCAACUGCACGUUCAAAGCGGAAUUCCCAAACCGUCCCGCUGUCAUCGUUCGUUUGGACACCGCAAGCGGAUCGCUAGCCGUCGUUUCUGCAAUUCAAGAGGCAGCUUCACUCAAAAUACCGACUUAUGUCCCCGAGAUACUCAGCUACGGAAAGGUGGUGACGGAAAACCAGGGCGAUAUGCACUACAUGGUCACCAGGUUCAUCACGGAAACAGUGACUCUAGAUUCUGUUUGGCCUUCUCUCAACCUCACGCAGAAGACAUCUUUGAUCGAUGCUGUUGCAAAUGCAGUCGGUAAACUUCAACAGCUCGACACUUCGCAUGCGCUCCUUCAACAAAUCCUUCCAAACACAGCUCUGGACGCAGUCGCAAACAGCAGAGAUAUUAGUAUUGGCAGUUCAUUCCUUGGUUUCGCUAAAAGUGUCCGCGAGUUCAUCGCGCUGCAUGUCGCUAAGCGUCAAGCCAAAAGAUUUGCUACCUCUUCCAUAGAGGACGCAUUAGACGGCGACGGCAUAGUCAUCAGAUCUGCCUUACCUGAGUUGGGUGACAUACAUCUUUCCUCUCGCGAUCUUGGGGUGCUUGAAACAAGUCUGGUGCUUUCUCACAACGACCUCGAACCCCGGAACCUGCUAGUAAAGAAAUCAGAAAGUGAAGACGGUCCACAGUACGAGCUUGCUGCCAUCAUCGAUUGGGAGAUGGCAGGGCUACUUCCUUCCGCCUUCGAAACAGCAGUCAAAGACGUCUCGUUGGGCAGUAACAAUCAGUAUCUCGACUAUUAUCUCAUGUUCAAGGAAAAGACACGCUCCACGAUAUCUGGCGGGGAAUCUUCCGAGAAGCUGAUCAAAGCUAUCCGCCUUAUUGAUGAGUCCUGGUCUCAGCAGAUGAGAAGAAAUGUCGGUGCAGAGACUCGAAAGCGUUGGAUUGCUAGAGAGGGCCUGGAGUUGAGUGAAGACGCGUUCGAAGGAUGGAUUAUGAAGCCUGCAAGGGGUGGUACCAAGCGUGAAAUGCGUUCUUGCUCCAAGGCAGACAACAAAGAGCUUGAAGAUCAGGUACUAAGAGACUUCGGUAUGCUAUAG